GAGAUGACUGGCCUGAGUGGAACAGGUGUCGGCGUUUGAACUGGGCCUUGGAGGAUGGAGAGAGCUUCGAAUAGCCUAUGGGAGCCCCGAGAGCUCGUGGAGAGGGCGUUCCAGGAAGAGUGGGCUGGAAGCAGGAUGGCUCAGGGCACGCUCCUUGAACCAUAAGGGGACCAGAGGCCGGGGUGAGGGGGAGUGAUGGAGGAAGGAGUGUAUUCUCCGUGCGUUAAGGAGCCAUAGACGGGAGGUCCAUGAGGAAAUGUGGGUAUUUGGAAGAGGUGCUUCCAGGAAACGCUUUGCCAUCUAGCGGUUUAGCUGACCUAUGGGGAAGGGACCCUUCUGAGUUGUCGCGUCAGUCUGUCUGUACUCACUGGAGGCCUGGUCAGGCUUUGACAGUCAGAGGGUGGUGCCUGGGUUUGGGAGGAGCUGGGAGGGGUGCUUUCCCCCAGUGUGGGAUAGAGCUGAUUUUGUUAUGUGGGAAGUUUUAUGAACUUCUGCCUUCACUCAGAUUCUUUCACCCAGGGGCCCUGAUGAAGUAAACCGCUUGAGGAAAGGGAGAGGGAGGGAAGAAAUAAGGUCAGUUUUUCCUGGUAGGUGAGCAGGCAGGAGCGUGACCGGUCCAUGCUGGUGAACGCUUGGCCCCACCUACCUGCCCAGGAUUGUAUUUCAGUCCCCAGUCCCACCAACCACUCUAACCCCCGUCAAAGCGUUUCAAGACCUUGGGGUGGGUGCCCCUGGGCCUUUCACCAGUGCCGUGUGCUCGGAGGCUGUCCUGCUGAGAUGCCUCCAGUGCUGGCCAGGCCAGGCGUCAGCCUUCCUGAGAACCACUUUUAAGUUUAAUACGUACGUAUUUCACACACAGGCAUACAUGGGUGUAGACCCUUUUUUGCUAGCUGCUGAGGAAGGGGUAGCAUUUUUGUGAUUGUGAGAGGGAGUCCCCCUUCAAAUCUGAGAUUUUUCCCUGACCAGGAUCCACGUACGUCCUUCCUGUAUGUCCCUGUCCUCUGUCGCUCUUCCUUGUUCUCACUCCUCUUGUGGGCUGGAAAUCGUGCCAACAGAGAGGGCAGGUUCUUUUUCUGUGGGGAAGUGUGGGAUGUUAUUUUCAUCUGAUUUAUUUUGGUUCCUGAUGAUCCCCAUGCUGAUGUGCUAACGAGCGGAAGCAGCCAGGAGCAGUCAUCACCAGCUUUGCCUGGAAGGUGGAUAGAUGGAUGGGCAAGGAGCAACCAUCACCAGCCUUGCCUGGAAGCUCUUUCAGCCCAGGGCCCUUCAGUUCUUCUACAGCAAACGUGCCCAGCACAUCUCAGGCAGAUCUCCUCGAACUCGUGGGGUGAAGGGAAAAGUCUGUGUCCUUGGAGUUGCUUACGUCUUUGAUACGUGGCACAUGUUCUUUCAGCCACUGUCCUGUCUUCGUGCUGAUGAAGGGGCAGCUGCCAGAAGGAGGCGUGGACCCCUGGGUUCUGUUCUGCUUUGGGGACAGUUUCUCACUGCCGGCUGCCACCCUGACCUGUGGCUUUGGGGGUGUGGGAUCCCUGCCCACUCAGCUGGGAGAUGUGCUGAGGAGUCCUGGGUGCAGGAAGUUGCGGUGGUUCCUGCCCUUGGGUCGGAAACAGGCAAGGUGAAAGCCCAUUGUGUCAGUGUGCUGGGACAGACCCAACUAUACGUGUACGUGUGUGAACAUCAGCCUGUGCACAAGCACAGAAAGAAGGUCAAGGUCAACACGCCGUCCCUGCCCAAGUGCUCUGCAGCUCCUGGUAACGUACGCAGCAGGGUCACCCGGGGAUGUGCCUGCUCCCCCUCACAUCUCUACUGAGUUAGGCCCGCCUCCUCCAGGAGGCCCUUUUGACUGCCUCAGCUUACAGCAACUUCCUCCUUAGCUCGGACCUCGACACGUGUAAGUCUUUCUACAGGUUG